AUGUCCUUGCACUUCUUACCAAGACGUGUUCCUCAGUCGGGAUUAAGCUUAACCCGCCGUUUCUCGACUUCUUCACGUAAUGCCAACUAUGCAGAUACGCUUCCCAAUUUGAAGAUUGGUGCUCAUACAAAAGUCCUUUUCCAGGGAUUUACUGGACGACAGGCAACGGCCAAUGUUAAGGAGUCACUGGAAUGGGGCACUAAGAUUGUUGGAGGUGUGAAGCCUGGUGUUGAGGGUGAACACCUUGGGCUUCCAAUCUUCCCAUCUGUUAAAGCGGCCCAGGAAAAAGCAAAACCAGAUGCAUCUGCAAUCUACGUUCCAGGAAAUCAGACAGCACAGGCUAUCGAAGAAGCUAUAGAAGCUGAGAUUCCAUUGGUAGUGGCUGUGGCUGAACAUGUUCCUAUUCAUGAUAUUCUUCGGAUUCAUUCCAUGCUACAGACCCAGUCGAAGACUCGAUUAGUUGGUGCGAAUUGUCCUGGUAUUAUUUCAGCCAUUGGAAAAUGCCGUAUCGGAUUCCAGCCCUUGCCAUGUUUCUCACCCGGUAAUGUCGGAAUCGUGGCCAAGUCGGGAACCCUGAGCUAUGAGACUGUGGCAUCGACUACUCGAGCUGGACUGGGGCAGAGUCUUUGUAUCAGUAUGGGUGGUGAUGUGUUGGCUGGCACAAAUUUCGUGGAUGCGUUGAAGAUCUUCGAGCACGAUACUGACACUGAGGGUAUUAUACUUGUCGGCGAGAUUGGUGGGACGGCCGAGAUGGAUGCAGCGGAGUGGAUUAAGGAUUAUCGACGACGGACUGCGAACCCAAAACCCAUCAUGGCGCUGGUUGGUGGGUUGGAAGCGCCACCUGGUCGAAUCAUGGGACAUGCGGGUGCUUGGGCUGCACCUGGAGAACCAGAUGCGCAGGCUAAGUACCAAGCGCUUGAACGGGCUGGUGCUGUUAUGGUCAAUCACCCAGAGAAGUUCGGCGAGGGCAUGAGAACUUUACUAGGUAGUACAGCAAGCCGACCUCGCACUCUGUCUAGCAUUGGAUCGGCAUCUCAGAAGCGUGGGUUGCACACUAUGAGACGCUUCAACCCCGUCUCACGCCCGGCUCAACAGAAGCGCAGUCUUUAUAUCAAGCAGUUCCAAGCCUUCAAUAUCCUGAAGGAAAAGGCCGUUCCUGUCAGCGAGCAAGCUCAAUCCUCUGACAUUUCUGUUUCCAUUUCAAUCGAUCGCUCUACUCUAUCGCCGUGUAUCGUCGCGUCUCCCAGUGCAGAAUUUGACCCAGCCCAAUCGUACAAGUUUCCAUUCAAAUACACCCAGACAGAUUUCCAGAACGAAUCUCUUAUCUCAGAUGUGGCCUCACACGUGGGUCUCCCGACAUCAUCCCGCGACACUCUUGCAGGCUUGGUCCAAGCCCUGUGGACGAUAUUCAAGGAGAAAGAGGCGUUUGUUUUAGAGACUCGAGUUGGGUCCACUGCUGAUGGGAAAUUGGAAGUGCAUGGCGCACGAUUCGGAUUUGAUGAUGCUGCAUUCCGGAGCUCAGGUCGUCAACAAGAAGUCCACUCCCUGAGAAAUACCGCAGAGGAGGCUCCGGAAGAAGUAGAGGCUGAGAAGGAUGGAAUCGUCUAUGUCAAGCUAGAGGGCGAAGGCAGCGUUGGAACUCUUGUGAACGGAGCAGGACUUGCAAUGAACACAGUCGAUGCUCUUACCUUCCAUGGCGGUCACUGUGCUAACUUCCUCGAUACAGGUGGUAAGGCCACCUCAGAGACUGUCAAGUCGUCUUUCCGUAUUAUCUGCUCUGAUCCUCGCGUGAAUGCUAUCUUUGUCAACAUCUUUGGUGGGCUGACUCGCUGCGAUAUGAUCGCCGAAGGUAUCAUCUUGGCUUUCAGAGACUUGGAUAUGCAAGUGCCUGUUGUGGUUCGGUUGCGUGGAACGAAUGAAGAGCUUGGACAAAAGAUGAUCGCCGAAAGUGGUCUUCCUCUGCAUGCCUUUGAUGGCUUCGAGGAGGCAGCAAAGAAGGUCAUUGCACUUGCUAAGAACUAG